CGCUGGUGUUUUCUGCCUGAUGCAAGAGGUUCUUACUUUUCAAGUCCGCUCUCCAUGUCACAUCAACCGUGCAAUUGCGAAUACCCCUGUUGCUUAAUACCCGCUCAACAGCUUGACCGCAGCUGAGCCAUCGAUAAGACAGCUUACCCGCCGAACCGACAGCACAACGCCUACAAUCAAACCCUCCUCACACCAAUCAACCCAACUACAAAGUAAACGGCGAACGUGGAUACUAUAUACUCCUGCAAAUUCCAAAUUCUAUCCUAAACUAAAUCACCAUCCUCCCAAAUCGAACCUUAUGGCUUCCCUCCAAGAAGCCCUCGAAUCCCUCGCCCCAAUAACCUGGGACGAAGUGCCCUCCAACCCUUCCGACAUCCGCACCUACAUCGCCGACCUCUCCACGAAAGCCCACCUGAUCGUCAACUCAGUCCCAGAACCACCUUUACCAACAGCCUCCUCCUCCUCCCCCUCCUCCCGCCAAAUCCGACCCUCUCCAGCCCGCCUCAACACCCUAGACCCAGACCUCCAAGCCCUCCAACAGCAAUGGAGCAAACCCAUCAAGAUCUCCAGCACAAGAGACAACCCCCUCGACAUCCUCAUCCACAAGCUCCCCGGCGCCGACGGAAAGGGCCACUGGUUCGGCCGCCGCAGCGUGCAUGAGGGCCUCCCGUUCUCCAAGUGGCAGGAGAAGCUCUCGAGCGAGAUGACAGAGACGCUGAAAGCGAAUCGGGAACGCAUGAAGCAGGGCCAGAUGCCCGACCAGUCAGUGAGGGGGAUCGGGGCCGAGAAGCAGGUUGAGAUGGUUGAGGUGAAGGAUGAGAGCGAGGAGAAGGUGCUGGCCCAUGUGAAUGUGUUUCAUGUUUCAGCGCAGUUUCCGAAGCCGACUACGCCGAGGGAUUUUGUUUCAUUGAUUGUUAGUUGGGAGGUGGGUGUUACGGAGGGGAAUGGGGGAAGGUGGUGGAUGAUGGUUUCGAAGCCGGUUGAGCAUGCUGAUGCGCCGCCUUGUCCGGGGUAUAUUCGGGGACAGUAUGAAUCUGUUGAGUUUAUUAGGGAGAUUCCUGUGAAGGGGGGCGGUGAGAAAAGUGCGGGUUCAGGAUCUGCGAAUGGAGAAAUGGAGACGGGGACGGGUGGGAAGGAUGAGGGGAGUGGUGAGGAGGCUAAUGCGGUGGAGUGGAUUAUGGUGACGAGGAGUGAUCCUGGAGGUAAUAUUCCUCGGUGGAUGGUUGAGAAGGGCACGCCUAAGAGUAUUUGCACGGAUGCGGUCAAAUUUGUUGAUUGGGCUAGUAGUGACCCUAAUACAUCUGCUGAGCCAGACAUGGAUGAUAUACGUCAACAGAGAAGAAGUAGCCAACACACUGCUGGAGUGCAGGAAGCUGAGAAUGGUGAUAUCAGCGACUCUGAUGUAUCGUACGCAGAGGUGGAGCACCAUGGUCUCAUUGCCAGCUUUGCCUAUCUGCUUAAUGCUGGGUUGGAACGAUAUGCCCCUCAGGCUGUGCUUGACUAUUUACCAGGCUACUCGCGCUAUCCAUCUGAGGAUAUGUCCGAUGCUUCUUCGGAGCAAGGAUACGGAACCCCCAGGUCUAGUGGAGAUUCCCCAGCGCAAGAGAGAAAGAAAGACAACGAUGAUGCGAGAUCCCAGAUUUCUCAAGACAAGGCAUCUUCGAUAAACUCCUGCCUUGCUACUCCCCUAGAAGCUGGAAGCAACAACAUUACACCGGCGGAAUUGAUGAGGAUAGAGAAGAAGGACGGCAAACUGACCUCACACGAGAAACAACUCGCCAAAUUGGCCCAGCGUAAGCGCGAUGUCGAAGCUCAUCUAGACAGGGUACGAGAAGAUAUCAGAUCUCUCCAUUUACCGACCCGCGAGGAAGGAGCCAAGAGAGACAAAGCAUCUGCAGCAGCUCUAGCUACCGCCGAUACUAGCAGUGAUCAAGUGAGCACCAGUGCUGCCAGCAGUAACCAACGACCAAGCCCUGUGAGCCGUUUAUCCAAUACCAACCUUGCUCAUCCCACAAAUGCCCGUGAAACAGCGAAGAUGCACAAAGUCGCAUCGGGCUUGUUCCACGAGGAGUCCAAACUUCUCAAGCAGCUGGGAAAGAUCGAGAAGCACCAGCUCAAGGAGGCCUCCAAGAUUGAAACACAUCAACGAAAGCAAGCAGACCGAGAGGAGAAAACGCGGUCUCGAACGGAAAUCGAUAUAUUGCGCAAUGAGAAUGAGCACCUGAGAAAGGAGCUCGAGCGACUUAGAGGUGAGAGACGACAAUGGCUCGACUUGAUUGCUUCCUUGCAGACGGAAAAUACAAACUUAGCAGCGGCAGCUGGAAAGGCGGAAAAGUGA